AUGAUCAAAGGUAAAGACAUUUACGAAGUGUUGGCAUCACUUGCGCCCCUCUACGUGGCUUUCAUCCUAGCCUAUGGCUCAGUACGUUGGUGGAAGAUCUUCACUCCAGAACAGUGCUCUGGCAUAAACCGCUUUGUGGCAGUGUUUGCAGUUCCUUUCCUUUCUUUCCAUUUCAUAUCAUCCAAUAACCCUUACACUAUGAACUUAAAGUUCAUAGCCGCGGAUUCUCUUCAAAAAGUUGUGAUUUUGGUGGGUCUUUUUCUAUGGAACACUUUCACAAAGUGGGGUAGCAUUGAUUGGACGAUCACAUUUUUCUCACUUUCCACUUUGCCAAACACACUCAUCAUGGGGAUCCCUCUUUUGAAGGCCAUGUAUGGAGACUUCACAGCAAGCCUCAUGGUCCAAAUUGUGGUUUUGCAAAGUCUCAUAUGGUACACUCUUAUGUUGUUCAUGUUUGAAUAUAGAGGGGCUAAGCAACUUCUUUUUGAACAAUUCCCUGAGAGUGCAGGGGCCAUAACCUCCCUAAGGGUUGAUUCAAAUGUUAGUUCACUCAAUGAUAAGGAAUCUUUGCAAGCUGAUGCAGAGAUUGUUGAAAAUGGGAAUCUUCAUGUGGUGGUGAGGAGUUUGUCACGUUCUACAUCUAUGCUUCCUUCAUUCAAUAAGUCCCAUUCAAUUUCAACACCUAGAUCAUCAAACCUUUCUGGGGUUGAGAUUUAUCCGGUUCAGUCAUAUAAAGAACCAAGGCAAAGAGCUUCAAGUUAUAGUGACACAAAUUUCCACACAUCUAGUCUCAAAAGGGUUAGUUUUGAAGAGGAGAUGCUGAAAAUGAAUAAGAACAAAUUUUGGAGGAGCAAGAGUUGUAGUGAUGAGGUUUUUAAUGGGGGUUUGGUUUCUAACCCGUUCUUAAAGCCAAUGUUUCCUGGGUCAAACAGUUUUGGUCAAAGAAAUAAAGAUAUGAGUGGUGGCAGUGGCGGUGCAAGUAACAAGGAGUUGCGCAUGUUUGUGUGGAGCUCAAGUGCAUCACCAAAUUCUGAUGUUAGACAUGCAGUGAAUAGAGUUGCUUCUGCUAACUUUGGGUCCAUUGAACUUUCUAAGGCUCUUGGUAUUCCACAAGAAACUAAUGCCUCCAAAGCUGUGCAUGAAUUGAUUGGCGUGAGUCGUAGUCCUGAUGAAAACAGAGAGAGGAAGCUUGACGUAGAGGAAAGAAUAACGGGUAGCCGGAAGGAGUUGAACACUGAAGAAGGCAAUGCAAACAGAAAACAGCAAAUGCCAAGUGCUAUUGUGAUGACAAAGCUCAUUAUCAUCAUGGUUUGGAGAAAUCUCAUAAGAAAUCCCAAUACAUACGCAAAUGUUUUGGGUCUCGUUUGGUCUCUCGUGUCAUUUAAGUGGAACAUCCAAUUGCCGUCUAUUGUCAAAGGUUCCAUUUCCAUAAUGUCUAAUACUGGGCUGGGAAUGGCCAUGUUUAGUCUAGGACUGUUCAUGGCAUUACAACCUAAGUUCAUUACUUGCGGAAAAACUCGCGCUGCGAUUUCGAUGGGAAUUAGAUUCUUGAUUGGUCCCGCAGUGAUAGCUGCAACUUCCAAAGUGAUGAGUAUCCAUGGAGUUCUUUUACAGGUUGCAAUUGUUCAGGCUGCUCUUCCCGAGGGUAUCGUUCCAUUUGUAUUCGCCAAGGAGUACAAUCUACACGCAGACAUACUCAGCACUGCGGUUAUCUUUGGAAUGAUAAUGGCAUUGCCCGUAACAAUAACCUACUACGCGCUUCUUGGACUCUGA